UUCCCAAACUAGUUUUCCGCUGAACCCUAGAAGGCUAUCUCUCCUAGGAGACCACGACCUGACCCACAAGUUCCGCUGUGUGCUCUGGGAACUGCCAACAGAUCCAAGUCUUGCCAGCUGUCUCCAGAUCCUGAGACCUGUGCCCCGACAGAAAACAGACGCAGCCCAGCCCGCCAUGGCCCAGUUGCUGAUGGUCACGGUAACCUUCGGUUGCAUCAGCCUCCUCUACCUGCUCCCGGGCACGCUGUCUGGCAGCCUGGGUAAGGGACUGAGACCCAGAGAACCCCCAGCCAAGAUUCCUUCCAGCGGCCCACAGCCUGGACACCCCUCACUUCGGCCUGUAGUCUGGAAGCCUCCACAUGCUCUCCAGCCACAGGGAAGGGGCAACCCGGCCCUUGCUACGGUUCAUCUGCCUCAGGGUGGUGGCUCACGACACCCAGGUCCCCAGCGUCACGUGGGAUCCCGAAGACCCCACGCCCAGCUCCUUCGGGUUGGCUGUGUCCUGGGAACAUGUCAAGUCCAGAAUCUCAGCCAUCGCCUGUGGCAACUUGUCCGGCCAAGUGGCCGGCGGGACUCAGCUCCUGUGGAUCCCAGCAGCCCCCACAGUUAUGGCUGAGGUGGGUCCUAGGUAUCCCGCCUAGAGUGCUGUACUCUGAGCCCAGAGAUUGCAGCUGAGCUCCACACCCUGGCCCAAUCCUCUGGAGCUCCUGCUUACAGCAAUUCCUCAUGGCUUUGGAUAUCAUAAACCUAUGAGGAUAUGUGGAUCUAGGCUGUAGAUUCAGCACCAACAGGGGACUGUGCACCCCAGAACUGUGUACACACAGGGUACAGGUGCUCGGAAGAAGUGUUCUCAGCAUCACAGACCACAGAGAACUCGAGGAGGCCUGGGCCUAAAGAAAAUCGGCAAAAGCCUGAGUCUUAAACACGGCUCUACUUGUGAGCAAGCUGGAGAAAGGCUGUGACCCCACCCUACCCCGACCCCACUAGGAAUUAAAGCCUGACUGUGGUCAAAAGCUG